AUGGCAGAGGCCAGUAUUUCAGUAGGUCAGGACCAGUUCAUGUGUCCAGUCUGUCUGGAUCUCCUUAAGGAUCCUGUGACUAUUCCCUGUGGACACAGUUACUGUAUGGGCUGUAUUAAGGGCUGCUGGGAUCAGGAUGAUCAGAGGGGAGUCUACAGCUGCCCCCAGUGCAGACAGACCUUCAGUCCAAGACCAGUUCUAUAUAAAAACACUAUGCUGGCUGAAGUGGUGGAGAAACUGAAGAAGAUGAGACUCCAAGAUGCUGCUCCUCCUGCUCACUGUUAUGCUGGACCUGGAGAUGUGGAGUGUGGUGUUUGUACUGGGACAAAACUCAAAGCCAUCAAGUCCUGUCUGGUGUGUCUGGAUUCCUACUGUCAAACUCACUUUGAACAACAUGAAAAACUGUUCAAAGGAAAAAGACACAAUGUGAUUGAUGCUACUGGAAAACUACAAGACCAAAUUUGCCCUCAUCAUAAUGAACUGAUUAAGCUUUGGUGUCGAACAGACCAACAGUUCAUGUGUUAUCUGUGUAUGGUGGAUGAACACAGAGACCAUAAAACAGUAUCAGUGGCAGCAGAGAGGACUGAAAGACAGAAGCAGUUGGGAGAAAGUAAGAGGAAAACUCAGAAGAGAAUCCAGGAGAGAGAGAAGGAGGUGCAGGAGCUGAGACAGGCUGUGGAGUCUCUGAGGCGCUCUGCACAGGCAGCAGUGGAGGACAGUGAGAGGAUCUUUACUGAGCUGAUCCGCUCCAUUGAGAGAAGGUGCCGUGAGGUGACAGAGCUGAUCAGAGAUCAGGAGAAGAGUGAAUUGAGUCGGGCUGAAGGAGUCCUGGAGCGACUGGAGCAGGACAUUUCUGAUCUGAGGAGGCGAGACACUGAGCUGGAGCAGCUUACACACACAGAGGAUCACAUCCAUUUCCUCAAGAGUUUCUCAUCUCUCUGUGCCCCUACUGGAUCUGAAGAUUUACCCAGCAUCACUGUCAGUCCACACCUCUCUUUUGAGGAUGUAGGAAAAUCUGUCUCUCAGCUGAAAGAGCGACUGGAGGAUUUCUGGAAGGAGGAUCUGAUGAAUCCUUUUGUUUCUCUAGUGACAAACAUUGAGACCAUUCCUCUCCCUGAACCCAAAACCAGAGAGCAGUUCUUACAAUAUUCCUGUGAUCUCACACUGGAUCCCAACACAGUAAAUAAAUACCUCUGUCUGUCUGAGGGGAACAGAGUGGCGACAUGCAGUAACACAGUCCAGUUAUAUCUUGAUCAUCCAGAGAGAUUUGAUGAGUGGUAUCAGGUGUUGUGUAGAGAGAGUGUGUCUGCACGCUGUUACUGGGAGACUGAGUGGAGUGGGGAUAGUGGAGUUUAUAUAUCAGUGUCAUAUAAAGACAUCAGGAGGAAAGGACGGGGUUAUGAGUGUGGGUUUGGACGUAAUGAUCAGUCCUGGAGUUUGUUCUGUUCUCCCUCUAAUUACUCAUUCAUACACAAUAAUAAAGUGACUAAACUCCCCAUAGUUCCCAGUUCCUCCAGAAUAGGAGUGUAUGUGGACCACAGGGCAGGAACUCUGUCCUUCUACAGUGUCUCUGACACAAUGACCCUCCUCCACAGAGUCCAGACCACAUUCACUCAGCCCCUCUAUCCUGGGUUUAAUGUCUGUUUUGUGUCAACAGUGAAUAUUUCUGAGUGUGUGAUCAGUAAAAUGGCAGAGGCCAGCAUUUCAGUGGAUCAGGACCAGUUCAUGUGUCCAGUCUGUCUGGAUCUCCUUAAGGAUCCUGUGGCUAUUCCCUGUGGACACAGUUACUGUAUGGGCUGUAUUAAAGGCUACUGGGAUCAGGAUGAUCAGAAGGGAGUCUACAGCUGCCCCCAGUGCAGACAGACCUUCGUUCCCAGACCAGUUCUGGGUAAAAACGCCAUAUUGGCUGAAAUGGUGGAGAAAGUGAAGAAGACGAGACCCCAACCUACUGCUCCUCCUGCUCACUGUUAUGCUGGACCUGGAGAUGUGGAGUGUGGUGUUUGUACUGGGACAAAACUCAAAGCCAUCAAGUCCUGUCUGGUGUGUCUGGAUUCCUACUGUCAAACUCACUUUGAACAACAUGAAAAACUGUUCAAUGGGAAGAGACACAAUGUGAUUGAUGCCACUGGAAAACUACAAGACCAGAUUUGCCCUCAUCACAACAAACUGAUAGAACUUUGGUGUCAAACUGACCAACAGUUCAUGUGUUAUCUGUGUCUGGUGGAUGAACACAGAGACCAUAAAACAGUAUCAGUGGCAGCAGAGAGGACUGAAAGACAGAAACAGUUGGGAGAAAGUCAGAGGAAAACCCAGCAGAGAAUCCAGGAGAGAGAGAAGGAGGUGAAGGAGCUGAGACAGGCUGUGGAGUCUCUGAGGCGCUCUGCACAGGCAGCAGUGGAGGGCAGUGUGAGAAUCUUUACUGAGCUGAUCCGCUCCAUUGAGAGAAGGUGUCGUGAGGUUAUAGAGCUGAUCAGAGGUCAGGCGAAGACUGAACUGAGUCAGGCUGAAGGAGUCCUGGAGCGACUGGAGCAGGAGAUUGUUGAUCUGAGGAGGCGAGACACUGAGCUGGAGCAGCUUUCACACACAGAGGAUCACAUCCAUUUCCUCCAGAGUUUCUCAUCUCUCUGCUCCCCUCCUGGAUCUGAAGUCUUACCCAGCAUCACUGUCAGUCCACACCUCUCUUUUGAGGAUGUAGGAAAAUCUGUCUCUCAGCUGAAAGAUCGACUGGAGGAUUUCUGUGAGGAGGAGUUUGGAAGACUUUCUACACAUACGGCCGCAGACAUCAAGAUCAUUCCUCCUCCUGAACCCAGAAGCAGAGAGUUCUUACAAUAUUCCUGUGAUCUCACACUGGAUCCCAACACAGCAUAUAAACACCUCUGUCUGUCUGAGGGGAACAGAGUGGUGACAUACAGUAACACAGUCCAGUCAUAUCCUGAUCAUCCAGAGAGAUUUGAUGGGUGUUAUCAGGUGUUGUGUAGAGAGAGUGUGUCUGCACGCUGUUACUGGGAGACUGAGUGGGGUGGGUAUAACUGGGUUUCUAUAUCAGUGUCAUAUAAAGACAUCAGGAGGAAAGGACAGGGUAGUGAGUGUGGGUUUGGAUAUAAUAAUCAGUCCUGGAGUUUGGACUGUUCUCCCUCUGAGUACUCAUUCUGGCACAAUAAUAAAAAGACUCAACUCUCCAUAGUCCCCAGUUCCUCCAGAAUAGGAGUGUAUGUGGACCACAGGGCAGGAACUCUGUCCUUCUACAGCGUCUCUGACACAAUGAUCCUCCUCCACAGAGUCCACACCACAUUCACUCAGUCCCUCUGUCCUGGGUUCUGGGUUGGUUGGCAGUCAGCACUGAGGUUAUGUUGCUUUCGAAAAUGA